AUGGAUUUGCGUUUAUUUCUUAAAGAUAUUUUUAGAGUUAUCCAGUUCACUCUGUACCCAAUGUUACAACUUUAUGCAUAUUUUGUUCUUAUAGGUUUAUAUUGUUUAGAACAAAAAAAAUUUGAUGGCUGGAGUACCCUCUUAAUAUUUUUUUUCUACCAUUUAUUAGCUACAACUAAGGUUAUUUUUUAUAUGAAACUAUUAAUUAAUGAAGGUAAGAGCACUAUAGAAAUAUUUCCUGUUAUAACAGAUACUAAUCAAAAAUUAGAUUUAAAGGGUGUAAACAUAUUUUGUGAAGAAGAGAUUAUUUUAAAGAAUGUACAGAAACUUAAAAAUUGUUCAAUUUGUAGAACGUAUAAGCCACCGCGAACACAUCACUGUUCGCUUUGUAACAGAUGUUAUUUAAAAUAUGAUCAUCAUUGUGCCUUUUUAGACACGUGCAUAGGAUUUCAUAACUACAAAUAUUUUUAUCAAUUUCUUUUUUUAAAUGUAUUUACAGCAUUAUUUUUUAUUAUAGUGAUAUCUUUACAAUUAAAUAAAGAAAUAAUCACUUCUCUAAAAGUUAAUUAUAUUGUCUCUAUUGCCCUUUUAGGCAGUUUUAUGCUACUAAUUUCGUUUUACUUAGUAUUUCAUACAAUAGCUAUUUCGAGAAAUGAAACUACUAUCGAAUUUAAAGCAUUAAAUGCUUAUAUUUUGGGAGAUCAUAGAUACAUUAAUAUUUUUCAAGAAGGACCUAUUGCAAAUUACAGUAACAGUAAAGAUAGAAAAAUUUUAAAUCCAUAUAAUUUAUCAUUAAAAGAAAAUUGGAUACAAGUUUUUGGUGUUAAAAGCCGGGAUUGGUUUACACCUGUUAUGUCUUCAGUAGGGGAUGGUACAUCAUUCCCAAAAAAUUACACAGAUUUAGAAAUGGUUUAUGUUAAUAAAUAA